AUGAGGACGGCCCAACCGGGUCUCUGUCGAUUUGCCCUGAGUGCCGAUGUGGGAGCGCUGCUGCGCUGUCGCGCAGAUCGCAUCUUACCACAAGCCUUGGAGGAGGAACUGGUUGGCGAUGAGCCCCUAGACAUCGAGGUGGACCUGGUCUUGGAUGGCAAGGUGUUCUGCACCGGGCAGUCCUCCAAGGCGGUCUUCGACACUCCUGAGCGUGGCAAGUUCAAGCCACAGCAGUUCAUCUUUGCCAUCAAGGUCCGAGAUCUGCCAUUGGAGAGUCAGUUGCACUUCCGAUGGCGCGAUGCUUCAACGAUGCUUCGGUCUGGGGUGCUACCCCUCUUCAACGAUCGCGGUGUCUUGCGGCAAGGCCAACGGCUUGUGGCGUUGAUGUCGCAGGAGAGCCUUUCUGCAUGCGGCGCGACCGAGAGCUGCAUGGAUUCCAACCAGGCGGCAGUGGCAUGGGUGCAGGCCACUGGUGCUCCCGGUGCUGGGCACGCAGCGCGAGAGUUGGAAGAGGCCCUCCGCUUGGCAGAACUCUUGUCGCUCAAGGACAGAGGCUGGAUUCCUUCCACUUUAGAGAGUGAGGAGACCUUCUCAGGCACAGUGCAAACUGCACUGGAAAGUAGUGGCCUUCCAUGGUUGAGUUUGCAGCUACCAGAACUGCCACAUUCGGUGGUAUUUGCGGAGUCUUCCUAUGGUCAGGACUUGGAGCUUCCAGUGGGAGUGCUCUCAGCUCCCAGAUCUCAGGACAUUGACCAAAAGGACCUGGAUGCGUUGAAAGGUGUGAGUUGGUUGCUGAAACCCAUCCCCAGCGUGGCCACUUCUUUGGGCUCCGGAGCGCCGAUCCAAGGACGAAGCUUCAAAUGUUUCGUGGACGAGGGUGCCUCGUUGGAACACCCUGCGGUGCUGAAACGCAAGCGAUUGGGACGUGGCCAGUCACGUGCCGUGGUGAAGGACAGGGAUGCACGGCCCAGUGCAGACGAGCUGCGCCGCCUCGCUGAGUUAGUGCGACGACCCAGACGCCACCUGAGUCCAGAAGAGAAAGACCUGCUCUUCCGCUUCCGCUGGAGUCUCACGGAUCAACCUGGUGCCCUCACCAAGUUCCUUCACGCAGUGAAUUGGGUCGACAUGGAGGAGAGGAGCCAGGCCAUUGAGCUCUUAGGUCACUGGAGUCCGGUGGAGAUCGAAGAUGCCCUGGAACUGCUCAGCAAGGACUUCCAAGGUUUGCGGGAAGUCAGACGUCACGCUGUGCAGCGCCUAGAGAGCGCCAGCGACAUGGAUUUACAGCUCUACCUGCUGCAACUGGUGCAGGCCCUUCGCUAUGAGCACGACUCUGAGGCAGAAGCUGGAAGCGAGGCGCUGGCCGGGUUCCUCAUCCGCCGGGCAGUGCGAUGUACGUCACUGGCCACGCUGCUCUACUGGUACGUGGCUGCUGAGAUCGAUGAAGGUGAAUCUGGUGGCCUUUUUGACAUGGUCCGGAGGAAGCUGCUUGAAGCUUUGACGGAACAGGAUCAACAUCUCUUGCAGCAGCAGGUGCUGCUGCGCAAGAAGCUCCUGUGGUGCCUGCGCCACGCCAAGGCCGCAGGAGGCGUCGCAGUGACCAUGGCGGCCAUCGCCAAAAGGGACUGGACAGACAAGAAGAUCGAGCGCUUUCGACAUGCCUUGGUGGAUCAGAAGCAAAGUGGAGAGGACACUGGCGGAAAUCUGGACUUGGUGAAUGGGUUGAAGGAAGGCAUUCCACUUCCUGUGGAUCCCUCCUUGCUUCUCGUGGGGAUACUACCAGAAGAGUGUACCUUGCUGAAAUCUGCCAUGAAUCCAGGCGUGUUGGCUUGCCAGGUGCGGCAUGCGAACAAGAGCGGCACGAUCAGUAUCAAGAAGGUCAUGGUGAAGGAAGGGGAUGAUCUACGGCAAGACCAGCUUGUCCUGCAGCUCAUUAUUCUGAUGGAUUCGAUCCUGAAGAGAUACGGUUUGGACCUUCAGCUGACGCCGUACCAGGUGAUUGCUUUGUCGCGAAAUGAUGGGAUGGUCGACUUCGUGCCCGACUCCGCGAACUUGUCGAAGGUGUUGAAGGAGCACAGCAAUGACAUCCAGCAAUUCUUCCGGAGCCAUCAUCCAGCUGUUGGAGCCGAGAAGGACGAGCCUUGGGGUCCGCAGAACUCCUAUGGCAUCAAGGCUGAGGUUUUGGAGAACUUCGUGCGUAGCAGUGCAGGAUACUGCGUCAUCACCUACAUCCUGGGCAUUGGCGAUCGACAUUUGGACAACUUGAUGGUGACCAAAGAUGGCAGGCUUUUCCAUAUCGAUUUCGGCUUUAUUUUGGGCAAAGAUCCAAAACCCUUUCCACCGCCCAUGCGUAUUUGCAAGGAGAUGGUCGAAGGCAUGGGAGGAAACUCAUCACCGGGCUACCUGUCCUUCAAGUCCAAGUGCUGUCAAGCUUUCAAGAUCUUGAGGCGCCAUUCCAAACUCAUCAUCAACUUGCUUUACCUAAUGACCGACUCGGGUAUCAAGGACAUUUGCAGCGAUCCUCAGUUCGCCAUUCUCAAGGUGGAGCAGAAAUUCCAGGCCUUGAUGGACGACGAAGAAGCCGAGGAGUCUGGGAACCCAGCGGGAAUUUUCAGACAGGUGGACGAUCUUCGGAAGGUGCGAGGACUCGGGGCAGUCUUGCAGAUUGCAGCCACUGGGGGUGGUUGGCCCGUGCAGCUCCAAAAACGACUGCUGCAAUUGUUGCAGACACCCUGUGAGGCUCGCAGUUGCCUGUUCGCAGCCGCUUCCCUCUCACCUGAGGUGGAUGAAGGAUUCACUUCACCUAGGGCUCUGAGUGGUGGCUGGUUGCACCAGGCCUUUCUAACCAUGGGAUCCAUCACGGGGAUUCCAAGUUUCCGGGCCCGGGCGGAGCUCUACCGCUCGCAGCCGCCUUCCGUCAUACUCAGCAAUGCCUCCAUUACACAGAUGCGCGACUGCUUCGCUUUCCGUGGCUCAAAGGAACACCCCCCAGCCCUGGCGUUGCGGCUCCGCCCGGGGCCCAGAGAUGGUUCGCCGUCAGUGGUGACUCAACUGAUCAUCGAGCAGCCCCCGCGUUGGGCGGCCCUGCGGCCGGACUCGCUACCCCGACGCUUCCGAGUCUAUGGGGCAACUGAGGAGCGCUGGGGCCACGUGUUUUUUUGGGGUGAAAAAUGA